AAUUCUCUUGAUCUGAAUCUGAAUUCAAUAUUCUAGAUAUUGCAAAAGCGGCAUUCGAUAAUCGGAAAACGCAAAGAUGGAAAAAUCGCAGGCUAGCCAGACGAAUCCCGAGGAGAUCAAGAAUCGGUCCGGACCAAAUAUUAAUUCUUUAAUUAAACAGUACGCAACGUUAAAGACAUCGUUGGAAAAAUCUAACAAGGAGCUGCAGUACUGGAAGAGGCAAAAGUCGCAACUGCUCCAGAGUAACAGCAACAUCGAGACGAACGUCAACAAGCUGUCGCAGACCGUAUCCAAGAUUGAGGCGGAGAUAAGGGAGUACACGGGGAUCUGCGAUGCGAAGAAGGAGGAGUUGAAGGACCGGCAAGGCGCGAGGACGGCUACGUUGGACAAGCAGUGGAGUGACUGCUCGUCGGAAAUAGGGAGCUACGCGGAUGACUUUUCCCAGUGGAUAACGAACUACUCUAGAGACGUUUUGAUGAAGGAGAUCGAGAAUCAUCAAAAAGAUUGCGGAAAGGUUGGCCAGGAGCUGGCGAUUAUGAAGCAAGAGUUGGACGAUAUGAAGGGUGAAUGCGAUACGGAAUAUGUCGAAGCUAACGCGGACGACUUGUCAUAUCUGAACGAUAUAAUAUUCUGUAUAAGAUCGGGCAAUAACAACCUAAAGAAAAACGUCAGAUUGCGGGAGGAGGAGUUAAACAAGAUACAGAAUAAGAUAAAGCAGAGCAAAGUCGCGCUUAACGAUGCUAAGACGAAGGAAAACGCUAAUGCGUUCUAACAUGUUUAUUUCUUUUUUCUCAAUAAUAGAAAUAGAUUUUUAAAAAAUUAUAAACUUUUAAAAAAAUACAAAUUAAAUGUAUAAAUUGUUAAACAUAAGGUUUUAAUUAAUGUAUAAUUCACUACUCUGUAAACUACAUGUUGAGUAGUUUCUAAAUAAUUUUAAUAAUUAAAAAAUAUCAGAUUG